CUAUCAAACUUUUCCUCUCCAAGUAGGCAACUAUGCCUCUCCUAGCGCACAAUAUCAUAAAAAGAGACCUCACUCUCACUCUAUGCCUAUAUAAUACUCCUUAGAUGCAUAAAUCUUUCAAUCAAUUUGCAUCUGAUCAGAACAAAAAGCAAAAGAGAUGGCUUUAACCAAAGAGAGAGAAAUGGAGAUUCCAGUUAUUGAUUUUGGUGAACUGGAUGGAGAAAACAGAAUGAAGACUAUGUCACUACUUAAUCAUGCAUGUGAUAAGUGGGGCUUUUUCAUGGUUGAUAAUCAUGGAAUUGAUAAAGAACUGAUGGAGAAAGUGAAGAAGAUGAUUAACUCUCAUUAUGAGGAGCAUUUGAAAAAGAAGUUUUACAAGUCAGAGAUGGUCAAGGCUUUGAGUGAAGGCAAAACCUCAGAUGCAGAUUGGGAAAGCAGUUUCUUCAUUUGGCACAAGCCAACUUCAAACAUAUACACGAUCCGAAACAUUUCAGAUGAACUCAUCAAGACGAUGGAUGAAUAUAUUUUACAACUUCACAAGUUUGCAGAAAGACUCUCCAACUUCAUGUGUGAAAAUCUUGGUCUUAAUCAAGAAUACAUAAUGAAUGCAUUUUCUGGUCCAGAAGGUCCAGCUUUUGGGACAAAAGUGGCUAAAUACCCAGAAUGUCCUCGUCCUGAGCUCAUGAGAGGACUUAGAGAACAUACCGAUGCUGGAGGAAUCAUAUUGCUCUUACAAGAUGAUCAAGUGCCUGGUCUUGAAUUCUUGAAAGAUGGGAAGUGGGUUCCUAUCCCGCCAUCAAAGAACAACACCAUUUUUGUCAAUACCGGUGAUCAACUCGAGAUACUGAGUAACGGGAGGUACAAGAGUGCUGUACACCGGGUAAUGACAGUGAAGGAUGGAUGUAGGCUGUCGAUAGCUACAUUUUACAAUCCAGCUGAUGAUGCCGUAAUAUCUACAGCGCCAGAGCUUUUGUACCCAAGUGGCUACCAGUUUCAAGAUUACCUUAAGCUUUACUCAACCACUAAGUUUGGAGAUAAAGGCUCCAGAUUUCAUACCAUGAAGAAAAUGGUGAGUGGUGAUUCCGUCUAGGAUGCAUCUGAAUGUAACAAUUAUGUAUUUCACAUGAAACUCUCUUCUUAUUAAACGUUGCCUUCUUCUUGUGUUUCCUUAUAAAAACAAUAACAAUUAUGUCACGAUCAUGCUGGUUCAGCUACUCUGAUUUAUUAAUAGAACGACCAGUUCAAAUUUU